AUGUCACUCAAUAGGGGCACAUUUCCACCCCAUCAACAACCUUUGGGGGUUCUUGCCAUCCGGCUUUCGUCAGAAGAUCAUGAGAUUGUUUCAAUGGAAGUCUGUGAUCAAUUUUCUGACAGUGAACAUUUUAAAGAUGCACUUAGAAAUUUUGCUAUCAAACACAAUUUUAACUUUACAUUCAUCAAAAAUGACAAGCAAAGAGUGACUGUCAAGUGCGCUGCUGAAGGUUGUGAAUGGCGUGUACAUGCGUCCAUGGAAGCAUGUGUCAUUGGUUUCAAGACCGGAUGUAGGCCAUUGCUGUACCUGGAUGGAACUCACUUGCUUGGUAAGUACGGGGGCACUUUGUUAGGUGCAACGGGGAAAGAUGGGAACGAUGGUUUCUUUCAUGUAGCAUUUGCAAUCCUUGGAGAUACUAUAUACGAUGAUGACGAAUAUGUGAAAAUUAUUACAUUUAUAUCUGAUAGGUCCAAGGGCCUUAUCAAUGCUGUCGCGAAGGUAUUACCUUCCUCACCGCAUGCAUAUUGUUUACGCCACUUGGAAGCAAACUUCAUGAAAGCAAAUGUCAGACUUGGCAAGUCAUUGAAAGAACGGUGUUGGUCUAUAUUAUCAAGAAUUGCGUUUUCAUGUGCUGAAAAAGAAUUCGAUGACGAUGUUGCCAAUCUGUUAAACACAUCGACUGAUGCACAUCAAUGGUUGAUGCAGAAAUCCGAUCUGGCACACUGGGCGAACUACAUGUUCAAAGGUGAUAGAUGGGUGGAGAUGUACUCAAACGUGGCGGAGUCGUAUAAUGCAUGGAUAAAAGAGGCACGCCAUCUCCCUGUCACAAACAUGGUAGACUCAAUAAGGUUUAAGCUGAUGGGCAUGUUGUGUCAUCAACGUGAACAAUCUCAAAGAUGGGAGAGACGUCUAUGUCCUGUUAUUCAUCGAAAGAUUGAGGAACUUGUUGAAGAGUCUCGCAACCUACUGGUCGGCCGUUCCGACGGUGACCAUUUUGAAGUAGUUGACCAAAAGAACUACUGCAUCAAUUUGAACGCUUGGACAUGCUCAUGUUGUAUGUGGCAGGUGUAUGGCAUUCCAUGCAAACAUGCAUGUGCGGCAAUAUUGCAGACAGACACAAAUAUUCAUCGAUAUAUCGAUGACUACUUCACAGUGGACUCUUACCGACAAGCAUAUGCAGAAGCCAUAUUUUCAGUACCAGAUGAUAUCAACAGCGAACUACUUGUGCGCCCUCCAAUCACCAAGAAGCCAGUUGGUCGGCCAAGACGGAAGCGUCUAGAGUCACAACCAUCAAGCGUUCAUGAAUUACGAUGCAGCCGUUGCCAUGAUGCUGGUCAUAACUGUAGAUCCUGUAAUGUAUCGAUAGCUGACUAA